AUGGCCUACUCACCUCCAACUCCCGCGCAGAAUGCUGCUGCCCUCGAUCACUUCAUCUACCUCCCAGUCUCGCAAGACAUGAUCAACUACUUGGCAGCCAAGGCCGCUCAAGUUAUCCGAUGCGAAGGCCAACCAGCGAAUUCUCUCAACAAGAGCCUUCCACCAACGCCACCUACGACUCCACCUCAGCACCAGUCCAGCUCAUACUUCGAGCCUCAGCUACCCUCACUGGAGCUCUUCAUCGCUACUCUCGUCGAGCGAUCGCAUGUGCAGGUGCCUACGUUGAUGACGUCUCUGGUCUACCUUGGCAGGCUCCAAGCUCGUCUGCCUCCAGUCGCCAAGGGCAUGAAGUGCACCGCUCAUCGUAUCUUUUUGGCUUCCCUCAUUCUUGCUGCAAAGAACCUGAACGACUCAUCGCCAAAGAACAAGCACUGGGCGAGGUAUACCGCUGUUCGUGGUUUCGACAACUUCGGCUUCAGCCUCACCGAAGUCAACCUCAUGGAGAAGCAGCUCCUGAGCCUACUGGACUGGGAGCUGCGUGUCACUGAAGACGAUCUCUACUACCACCUCGACCCAUUCCUUGCACCAAUCCGAACCUGGCAACAUCGCCAAGCGGAGAAGCAGAAGAUGAGAGAUGAGAUGGCUGCCCUCCAGCAGCGACAGAUGGCUUUGGCUGCACAGCAGCAGCGUCGUGCCGCAAUGGAAGCCCCGCGGUACUACGAAUCGCCUCGAUCGAUGGGUCCAUACACCUACCAGCAGCAGAUGUGCUACGCACCGUCGUCCAACUCUUCAUCGCGAGCUCCAUCGAGAACACCUUCGCUCUCACCCCCAACCCGAAGCCGAUCUGCCGCCUCUCAAUCUUCGAAUGAGUCUUACACCUCGUCGUCCUCGCCGGCCAGUCUCAACUCGUCCUACACCGAACACAUCUACGAAGAGCCUGCUGUUCACAUCCAGCAAUCCGACGGCCAGACGGCACCUUCGCUUGUCCACAUCCAACACAAGGCGUCGAUGCCCAUCCUUCCCCACGCUCACGCUCUGCCGCUCGAGCACACCGACCAGCAACCCGCCAAGAAGCAGAAGACCAACAUCUUCUCCCGCUUCCUGCCCACCACCCUCAGCCGACCUCAGCCACCGCAAAUCGCUGUAACCGGCUACUAA